GAAGCAGCUCUUUGCAGCUCUAAGUGAAAGGAGCAUUUCUUUCUUUGCUUUUGUGACUCGACAAGUUCACCAGAGGAGAGGGAUCACCGGGAUUCUUUUGCAGCAGCUUCCAUCUGCGUCUCUGUGUGUUUUUCUCCAGCGGGGACUCUCGGCCGAUCCUCAGCUCCGGACCAGCAGGUAGCGGGCACGAGUGUGGGGCUCAACAUCACAUCCAAGUCCUCUACUUGUUCCUGGAAGAUCCCUGGCUCUCUCUGGGACACCCUUGAACACCUGAGAAUCUGCAUUUCCAGCUGGGCAGAGGGAGCAAUUUGCCUACAACUCAGUGUGGGAUCCACGGGGACCGACCAGCUCGCUCUGCGGUGAUAUUUGAUUUGGUUGUGUUUGUGUCAAAAAGUCCUUUGAGGGGGGUUUAGAAGUUUCUGUGUGUCUUUUGGGAAGUGUUAUUGGUGGGGUUUUUUUGAGAGCCAGCUCUAGCACCAGGGCUUACAACCCAGUUCUUCCUGUGUUUGACCCUCUGAUAGUUGAGAGCCAUGCAGCUGGAUAACGUCACCAGUGCUGGCAUCCACUCUUUCCAGGGGCACCGUGGAGUUGCCAACAAACCCAAUGUGAUCCUGCAGAUAGGGAAAUGCAGGGCAGAAAUGUUGGAGCACGUCAGGAGGACCCACAGGCACCUCCUGUCCGAGGUCUCCAAGCAGGUGGAGCGUGAGCUGAAAGGUUUGCAGAAAUCCGUGGGCAAGUUAGAGAAUAACUUAGAGGACCACGUCCCAACUGAUAACCAGAGAUGGAAGAAAUCCAUCAAGGCCUGCCUGGCCAGGUGCCAGGAAACCAUUGCCCACCUGGAGAGGUGGGUCAAGAGAGAGAUGAAUGUUUGGAAGGAGGUGUUUUUCCGUCUGGAGAAGUGGGCGGAUCGUUUGGAGUCCAUGGGAGGCAAGUACUGCCCCGCUGACCACGGCAAGCAGACCGUGUCUGUCGGGGUGGGAGGCCCAGAGAUAAGGCCAAGUGAAGGGGAGAUUUAUGAUUAUGCCCUUGAUAUGAGCCAAAUGUAUGCUCUGACCCCUCCUCCCGGGGAGGUGCCCAGCAUCCCCCAGGCCCACGAUUCCUACCAGUGGGUCUCUGUGUCGGAGGAUGCUCCAGCCUCCCCAGUGGAGACUCAGGUCUUUGAGGAUCCCAGGGAGUUCUUGAGCCACUUGGAGGAAUACUUAAAGCAGGUGGGUGGAACAGAGGAGUAUUGGCUGUCUCAGAUCCAAAACCACAUGAACGGCCCGGCUAAAAAGUGGUGGGAAUACAAGCAGGACUCUGUCAAGAACUGGGUUGAGUUCAAGAAGGAGUUCCUGCAGUACAGCGAGGGGACCCUGACUAGGGAUGCUAUCAAAAGGGAGCUGGAUUUGCCUCAGAAGGAGGGAGAGCCCUUGGACCAGUUCCUUUGGCGCAAGAGGGACUUGUACCAGACCCUCUACGUUGAUGCAGAUGAGGAGGAGAUUAUCCAGUAUGUGGUAGGCACCCUCCAGCCCAAACUGAAGCGCUUCUUGAGUUACCCUUUGCCCAAGACCUUAGAGCAGCUGAUCCAAAGAGGGAAGGAGGUCCAAGGCAACAUGGACCACUCUGAGGAGCCCAGCCCUCAGAGGACCCCUGAGAUUCAGUCAGGAGAUUCUGUGCCUCCCUCCACCACUGCCAGUCCCGUGCCGAGCAACGGGACUCAACCUGAGCCCCCCAGCCCCCCAGCGACUGUCAUAUGAGGAGCUCCAAGGCAGGCAGCAGUCUGGGUUACAUGAAAGGGAGUUUGGGGUGUAUUUAGGGAGCUUCUCCUUGGAGAGAGGUUCUGGCUGAGACGAGACAUGAGGUGUUGCUCAGUCCAACAGCCCAUAGCAGAGGAAUUAACUUUGCUUGUGGGGGGAGGGAGGUGAUGGGGGAGAGGCACCUUAGGAUGUGGUUGCCCACCUCACCUGAGCCAUGCAACACAGUGGUGCUGGACAUCCCACUUGCACCACUGCGGGGGAAUGAACAAUUUUAUGACACCCCUGACAAGAAACUAGAGACAAUUCCCACCUUCAGAAGCAGCCCCUUAGCACUGGCAGCUUUUCAAGGACUUCAUAAGAGUGCAGCAACUGGCUGAGGGUUCCUACCCAUCUGCAUCUCUCCUUCUCCUUCUCUCCUCCCUCUUCUGAAGAGAUGUCCCUAUCCUAAGGAGACAUCUUUGGACCCUUGCCCAUUCCUCAUUUACCACGGGCUUCUGCUCUCUUGGCAAUCUCCUGCUCUUACUUGCUCCAAAGGAUUAAACAAUUGUUAAGGUUUGGGUUUAUUUUGAGUUGUUUUAAAGAAAUCCUCUGACUUCAGGAACUGAAAACUUCAGGAAUCUGGAUUGUUUCUAGUGUUUCUCAUUUCACUGCACCUAAUACCUGCUUUAAUGUUUUUUUCCUCUCAAGAGACUCUUGCUGGUUUACUUCUCAUCUCUAGUUUGCACUCUCUCCAAUCAAGGCCACUGCAGUGCAGAGGCAAAUUUCAACCUCUCUCUGCACGUUUUGCUGUGCAUUCAGGAGGAAGCAGAGCUUCAAAUUAAAUGCUGAGCUCAUUUAUUUAAGGGACAUUCAGCUUCCUUUCAGACACAAGAGGGUGACAAGGGGGGAGAGAGGAGGCACCAGAGUUAUUUUGAGAGGAUGGUGGGGGGAGGAGGUAAGGGAAAGAAAUGCUUAUACUUUGAAUGAAACAAACAAACACAUCCUAAAUCCAGAGCAAAAUAUCCCCAGAGCAGCAAAUCGAGUCCAUGCUGAUGUGUGGAGACAACAGUAGCUUUUGCUAUGUAAAAGCAAAAAGAAGUGAAGAGAGGAGCUGUGUGUCCCAGCACACUUUCAGCCUGUGCAUCACAGCAAACAGUUUCUGCUCACACAGACAGACUCAUAAUACUCUCAGAAAGCCUGGCAUCCCUGUCCUGGAGCACCUGAGGACAGAGCAUUGUCUGCUCACAAAGAACUUUCUACAGCAUCUUGCCAUGGAUGGAAAUGGACUUGGACUCUGACGUUUUGCCACGUUGAGACAGCAACGCUCAGCAUCCACCUUGCUUUGGCUCACAUCUGAUAGCAGGACUUUGAGACAAAACUGCUGCAAGGUAUAUUCAGGAAGUUUGGCUCUUCAAAGCUUUUUUGAAGCUGGACACAUCUUGGGCAUCAUCUUCAUUCACCACCAGACCAAAUAAACACCACCUCUGGAAAAGAUGCAGCAGGGAUGCAGCAACAGGAGUGCUCCUGGGUUACUCCUACAGCAGUGGCGUGUGGCACCGGUGGCUUGGUCCUUCAGUGUUCCUCCUUCCAAGAAGCUGAAGUGACUCACUCAGAUCCUCCUCUGAGAAGGAAUCACUUCACAGUGCUCAGGAUUUGGAAGGAAAGCCAAAGAGAAAAAGCUUUAAAAUCAAGAAUUCAACAUCAGACCUGCUGUCAGCAUCCCCAGCCACCAGUGGAUCCACUGCCUGAAGGAAAGACUGGCACAGAGAUCUCUCCUGCUGUUGCCAUUUCCUUCUCUGUGUCCAAGAGUCCUGCUUUCCCAGGGGACAGGCGAGUGCUGCAGGAAGACAGAGGGCAAAUCAUGCACCAAAGAGCCUCCCACGCAGUGCAAUGCCACGUUCAAGGUGUCGAGAGCCAGAAUGAAAGGGAGAAGCCACUUCCAACAGGAUGAAGAAAAGUCUGAGCUGGUCCAGGUGCUCCAGCACAGAAGGAAAACGUUGAGAAUGAAAGAAGAGCCAAGAGGCAGAAGAAGCAAGCCUGGGCUUUGUGCACAGCAAAGGAUGCAGGGCUUGUACUGACUGUCUGUUGAGAUGAUACCAUACCUCUGCAAUCUGGGGCCACUGAGACUCAUCCAUAGAAAUCUUCACUAGAUUAUCAGUUCAAAAGAAAAACUUUCUUGCUGAUUAACUUUGGCCAAAUGGCUGAUCGUCUCUAGGCUACGAACCCUCCACGCUGUUGAUGCUGUAACUCAUUUUUCCUGAGUUUGAGGGUAGCUUCAUUUCAUGCGGGUAUCAGUUUCAAACCUCAAAGGGCUCUGGAGGUUCAGAGAAGCAUCCAGCUGUCCAGGUGCUUGUCUGAACUGCUUGAGCCUGCACAACUGAGCCAACUGUCUUGCCACAAAGGAGAGUCUCGUGAGACAGCAAGCGCUUCCUGGACCUGCAUGGGCCAGAGUUACUGCAAGAACUGUGGGUUCUUGUGCUGGCUUUGGAGUGAGUGUUCCCAUCCAGAUCCAGGGAGAGCAAAAGGUUAGAGCUCAAGUGAGUUGAACAAGACAGUUUUGGUUCACAUCUCAGCUGAAGAGGUCCAGUUGGUUCCUCUCUCUUCCAGAGCCAGCUGUAUGCAUGUGUGUGUGUGUGUGUCAGAGAGGGAGUGUGUGUGUGUCAAUCCAAUCCACCUGACUAAAUUCUGUGGCCUUUUGUUGCAUUUGAGCUAAUCCAACGAGACCCAACGUGCAUUCCAACAAUACUCAGCAAAAACAAUGUCCAGGACUGGAGAAUUAUCUAAACCCAUGUAAAGGCAGACUUCACAGGCAUCAUCUCAAGGUCAAAAUGACAUUCCCACAGACUUUUUCAAGGGAUUUGACUCCCACAACAGCCAUUUGAUUUUACCAUUGACUUUCUGAUGAAUCAGACUGCCUGUGCAACUCAAUCAUUUGGUCCUGAGGCUUAGACAUUUUCAGCUGACUUUUUUGGAGUGCACAGAACUGAAUGUCCUGGAUUGAUUUUCUUUGUUUUCAAUUCUUGCUCCUAGAAGACUGGAGCUUUGCUUGUAGCACCCUGCUUUAUUUUUACCAGCCUCACCAGGAAGGACUGGUAGUUUAUUGUCCUGGGGCAGAAUCACAUGAAUGAAGAAGUGUGUAUGUGUUGUGUUUGUGACAUUUUAGCAGAUUCCAGCCACUGGAUUUCCUUUUUCCUUAGGUAAUUUUACAUUUGACUCUGAUGAAACUACUUUAGAUUGUGGGGUGGUUUUUUUUUACUGUUAUAUGAUCAAUUCAAACAACCUUGAACAAAAGGCAAACACAUUGCAUCACUACAGGUUAUAGGGGUUGAAGCCAAAAGGUCUUUGUAAGCCGACAUCACUUGCCCUAGAUCUGACUGUAUCAGGCAGUUUGUUCCUCAUGUGUCAUGUUGGAGUUACAAGAUCACACCAAGCCACUAGAACCUGUCAAUAGAACAGUGCUAUACUCUGUUUGCUAUUGUAGC